CUCAGCCGCCCGGCCCGCGCACGGAGCCGCCGCCCGGUGCCUCCAGCGUCCCCAGAUGCCUACAACAGCUGGAGAUCAAUCUGGCUGAAGCCAGGAGUCAGGAACUCAAUCUGGAUCUCCCAUGUGGGUGGCAAGGACCCAGCUACUUGAGCCCUCACCCUGCCUUCGAGGGUGCACAUUAACAGGAAGCCAGAAUUGGAAGCAGAGUUGGGACUCAAAUCCAGGUUUUAUAACAAUCAAGCAGUGCAUGAAAGAGGCAUCUUCAUCAAGUUUUCUUGAUUAAAUUAUGAAAAUGGAGUUGAAGCUUUGUUUCCCAGUACAUGUGGUAAGUCCAGCUGUGAGCAGGGUGUUCUGUUCUUCGCUUCCAGCAAGCCAGAUUGUCAUAAAUGGACACUGACAUGGACUACGAAAGACCCAACGUUGAAACCAUCAAGUGCGUUGUCGUGGGUGACAACGCAGUGGGGAAGACACGGCUGAUCUGUGCCAGAGCAUGCAACACUACGCUGACGCAGUAUCAGCUGCUGGCCACCCAUGUGCCAACCGUGUGGGCCAUCGACCAGUACCGUGUCUGCCAGGAGGUCUUGGAGCGAUCCCGGGAUGUUGUGGAUGAAGUAAGCGUCUCUCUCAGGCUCUGGGAUACUUUUGGUGAUCAUCACAAAGACAGGCGUUUUGCUUAUGGCAGGUCUGAUGUUGUGGUCCUCUGUUUUUCGAUCGCUAACCCCAACUCCCUAAAUCAUGUGAAAACCAUGUGGUAUCAAGAAAUCAAGCACUUUUGCCCUCGUACACCUGUUGUCCUAGUUGGCUGCCAGCUCGACCUCCGCUAUGCCGAUCUUGAAGCCGUGAAUCGAGCCAGACGCCCUUUAGCAAGGCCCAUAAAGAGAGGGGAUAUUCUGCCCCCAGAAAAAGGGCGAGAGGUUGCAAAGGAACUUGGCAUACCAUACUAUGAAACAAGUGUAUUUGACCAAUUCGGAAUCAAGGAUGUGUUUGACAAUGCAAUACGAGCCGCGCUGAUUUCUCGCCGCCACCUGCAGUUCUGGAAAUCUCACUUAAAGAAAGUCCAGAAACCUUUGCUUCAGGCCCCUUUCCUACCUCCAAAAGCCCCUCCACCGGUCAUCAAGAUUCCAGAGUGUCCUUCCACGGGGAUGAGUGAAGCUGCCUGUUUACUGGACAGUCCCCUGUGUGCGGAUGUCCUGUUCAUCCUGCAGGACCAGGAGCACAUCUUUGCACAUCGGAUUUACCUCGCUACCUCUUCUUCCAAAUUCUACGAUCUUUUUUUAAUGGAAUGUGAAGAAUUCCCCAAUUGGGGUGAAGGAGUAUGUGAGAAAGAGAAGCAGAGCACGGAUUUCCAGGGGCGGACUUUGAGUCCUGACCUAGAUGGGGAGAGGGAGGAAGGCCUGCCUCGGACACCCCAGCCUGAUCAAGGGAAGUCGUCUCGGAAGUUCCUACUGGAGGCCACGGGGCCGGAAGCUGAGGGCUCAACUCCCGAGACACAGGCUUUGGCCGGCUGGAGUAAGGGGUUCAUUGGCAUGCACAAGGAGAUGCAAGUCAAUCCCAUUUCAAAGCGAGUGGGCCCUGUGACGGUGGUCAGAAUGGACUCCUCUGUCCAGCCAGGCCCUUUCCGCACCCUGCUCCAGUUUCUUUAUACGGGGCAACUGGAUGAAAAGGAAAAGGAUUUGGUCGGCCUGGCUCAGAUCGCAGAGGUCCUAGAGAUGUUUGAUUUGAGGAUGAUGGUGGAAAACAUCAUGAACAAGGAAGCUUUCAUGAACCAAGAGAUUACAAAAGCUUUCCACGUCAGGAAAGCCAAUCGGAUAAAAGAGUGUCUCAGCAAGGGGACCUUCUCAGAUGUGACCUUUAAGUUGGAUGAUGGUGCCAUCAGUGCCCACAAGCCACUGCUGAUCUGUAGCUGCGAGUGGAUGGCAGCCAUGUUUGGGGGGUCAUUUGUGGAAAGCGCCAACAGUGAGGUAUAUCUCCCGAACAUAAACAAGAUGUCAAUGCAAGCAGUAUUGGAUUAUCUCUAUACCAAGCAGUUGUCACCUAACUUGGACCUGGACCCACUGGAAUUAAUUGCCUUGGCAAACAGAUUUUGCCUGCCACACUUGGUUGCACUUGCAGAGCAGCAUGCAGUCCAGGAGCUGACCAAGGCCGCCAUGAGCGGCGUGGGCAUUGACGGGGAAGUGCUUUCUUAUUUGGAACUGGCCCAGUUUCACAACGCCCACCAGUUGGCCGCUUGGUGUUUGCACCACAUCUGUACCAACUACAACAGCGUUUGUUCCAAGUUCCGCAAGGAAAUCAAAUCAAAAUCUGCAGACAACCAAGAAUACUUUGAGCGGCACCGCUGGCCCCCUGUGUGGUACCUGAAGGAAGAGGACCACUACCAGCGCGUGAAAAGGGAACGCGAGAAGGAAGAUAUUGCACUCAAUAAACAUCACUCAAGACGAAAGUGGUGCUUCUGGAAUUCAUCUCCAGCAGUAGCCUGAAGAGGACGAGGACAAAGGAAUCAGACAUCUGAUACACCACUUUUUAAGGCACUACUGUAAAAUUAGUCUUCUUAGCGAUACGACAUAGUUCAGGUUUCAGGCACUGACCUUCCUCCACUUCUGUGCAUUUAUCUUUGUUAGGAUCAAAGCACAAGCUCACCACCAAUGAGCCUGGACAAAAAGGGAAGCUGACUCUCACUGCAUUCCUUAAACUGAUGUGUAUAUUUUUUUGUUAGGAGGCUUAAUAAACUUUAGUCCGUUAUUUUGUUUCUUUUUAUACAAAGACAAAAAAAAUCCAGCUUUCAUGUUUCAGAUUCCAAAUUGGAAAAUAUUUUUAUAUGGUCUCUUGUAUUUUGUUGAAAUGAAAAUACUGUGUAUUACUUUAUUUUACAGGCCACAAACUGACCGUGAAGUCAUCCUGUGACCCUCUUUGGCCACAUGACCAGAGGCCACAUAAUUAGAGGGUGGUUUUUUGUUGUUGUGAAGUAAAGGGUUGGACUGAAUUUCCCCCAAAGUGCAAGUUGGAGAGUGUUUAAUCUUUUUUUCUGCUGAAUUACAUUGGUAUAAUUACCAACUCAACUCCAAGAAUGUGUAUUUACAAUAUUUGCUGUGUAAGUGCUAGUAAUUAUAUGGUUAUAUGUGCCAUGUAAAAUAUAGUGAUAUCAAAGAUUCUGUUGUUUCAAAUGUUUAGAUUCCAGAGGAUAAUCCUUAUAAUCAUUAGAAGGGCUUAUUCAAUCCCAGCACUAUCCAGGGCAAACUCACUGGUGGACCCGAAUACUUAAGAUACCAUUAGAGCACUGGGGUUUGGAUCACUGCAUUAGGGUUUAUGUCUCUCAGUGUUCCUUCAUCUUGCCAUGCUUCUGCAUGCAGAGUCUCCAUUGACUUGAAUUUGAGAUGGGCAAAGGAAGAAGUCCCCAGACUCCUUCCAGCCAGCUACAGGCUUGGCACAUCUCACCUUCGGAAACAGGCUUCCUCAGGUCUCUCACCUGUGGCCAACUUCACUUUUUAAGACACAGAUUUUUAACUCUUCCUAGGGAAAACUCAUGUCACUGCAGAAGUAGGCUAAGGCAAACCACCCACUCCUGCUGAAAUUCAGUAGGGCCUAUGAAAGCAUAAAGCUGGAGGCUGGGUCCUUGCAUUCUCCAACCCAGAAAGGAAUCUAAUUCCAAGAGUCUAGGAAAUGGUGCUAUUGUGAGUUAGUUCUGAACCUUGUCCUUCUGAGUUUUCAGUGUUAAAAUAGAAAGUGUAGAGCAGGGGAGCUUUCGAGAGACAGUUAGUCAUUGCUUCUCUGUCAAUUAAGAUGUUAUCGCAUGCAGACAGGGCACAUUUUCAGGCCACAGUUCCAUACCUGCCAUAGGAUAUUGUGUGGCAGGGCUUGGGGCUCAUUUUGUUGGGAGGUCAACUUUCUGAUACUAAGAACUGUUGACUCGAGUGCUCUUUUCUAGCUUACUAGCAGUUGGAAAUGAAACAGUGGAGUUGAACUCCCAGUGUUCACAGCCAAACAUUUGAAAAUGUAGCCAGGUUACAGAUGGGCACGUAUUGGUGGUAGUGAAAACACAGGGUAUACAAGAACUUGAAGAGGCCCAGACAUGCAUCUCCCUCCCAUGAUAGAAGAGAGAGCAGUAGAGUAGGAAUAGUUAUAAAUGCAUCCAAAUUGAUUGUGUUUCAGUUGAGUUGUGUAUAGUUAAUGGAAGGAGAAAGGAGACAGAAUGAGAGGAGAAAUGUCAAGACUCAGGAAGAAUUGGCAUGUAUCCUAUCAUCAAAUGGCAGAGAUUGUUUUCAGUGAGUAGUUGUAGAUGAAUUUAUACAACCAAAGCUCCCAUUUGAUUGUAAUCUUGCCAAAAUAUAAUGGACAUAUAAAUGAACUUGGGGUGUAAGCAAUAAUAUCUACUAGUGUUGUUAUCAACUACUAUAACCAAGUGGCUGGUUCAUUUGGUUGAUGCUGAUUAUGGCCUUUAACCAUGGUGGUUUGUUUUGUGUUUUUUUUUUUUUUUUUUCACGAAAAACCAAUAAAAUUGUUAUAA